AGCAAAGAGCCCGCGGCAUCCAGAGUUGUGCAGAGGAGGGAGGCUGGGUCGGGUUUCAGAGACGCGCACUGAAGGCUGACCUACGGUGGACCGGGAUCGCUCAUAGGAGAAGCAGCGAAUGGAUUUGGAGACAGUUUGAAGAAGAAAAAAGACAUCUGCAAAACUGUUCCCCUCUCCAACGGAGAGAGACUCUCUCAUAAGCACCAGAGCUGCGGGUCGGCAGGAUUCCUCUUCUGUUGGUAUUCAACUGAUGAAGAUAGGGAUUUCCUUGUGGAUAAAACCAAAGUCAGACGUGUAAAAUGGAAGAGGGUCAGAAGUGGGGAGUCGCUGGUAAACCGGGUGAAGAGAGGACUCGCGGCACGCAGGGAUCUUUAAAACAGCCUCUGUGGAGGAACUGGAGAGAUUUGUCUGGCGUAACGAUUUGCGUUGCAGUAUCUGUUCUGUGCAUUGGAGUUUGCAUUGUGGUUUUUGUGCGGACGUCGGAGUUGCAGUCCAGGAUAGUAAGUCUGGAGCAGCAGCAGCGGGACGCACACCUCACCGCGUGGAUGUUGUCUUUGGAACAGGUGGAGCCCGUUAUCCUGGGCCAAUUGGACCAGAUCCUGGAGGAGAAGCUUGCAGCGCGACUACCGAAGACACGGGAGAUGAGAGAAGCUCCCCAAAGCUGCCUGUGUCCCCCUG